GUGUCUACGAGGAAGAUGGUUGUGAAAGGCGAUCAAAACAUCUUUUGCUUGAUGUUGAACUCGUUAAGCAAAAACACCGAAUACGCAAACAUUGGUUUCACUCUAGAACUUGCCCGCCGUUUGGAAGGAACAAACGUAACAGCAAACUGCCUACAUCCAGGCAUGGUUGAUUCAGGGAUCUGGAGAAAUACACCCACCUUACUUACUUGGCCUGUAAAAUUAGUUGUUAAAGUUUUCUUCAAAAAACCUGUCCAGGGCUCCCAAACCAGCGUGUUCGCAGCUUGUUCCGAAGAGUUGGAGAAGGUUUCGGGAAAAUAUUUUAUGGAUUGUGCUGAGAGAGGUCUUAGCAGCGGUGUAUUAGAUGCAUCGAAAGCUAAAAAACUGUGGGAACUUUCGGAAACUAUUGUCAACUUGAGACCGACUGAUCCUAAAAUAUGACUUUGAUCUUAUACUCAUAUACUUAGUUUGUUGAUUUAUAUUAUUUAUCAAAAUGUACACGAAUUCAAAAAAUAUACGGAGAAUUGUUAA